CGCCUGCCUUCUCCUCGGUGGGCUCCGUAGCGCCAGUCCGACUCCGCUCCCUCGGCAGAAGCGGCCGCCGCCAUCACCCCCCGCGCCGCCACCCAGCCCGGGCACCAUGGCUUCUGGGGUAACAGUGAAUGAUGAAGUUAUCAAGGUUUUCAAUGAUAUGAAAGUACGGAAAUCUUCAACAUCGGAAGAGAUUAAAAAAAGAAAGAAAGCAGUUCUUUUCUGUUUAAGUGCUGACAAAAAGCAAAUAAUUGUAGAAGAAGCAAAGCAGAUAUUAGUUGGUGACAUUGGUGUCACAGUUGAGGACCCUUAUAUAGCCUUUGUGAAGCUGUUACCUCUGAAUGAUUGCCGAUAUGCUUUGUAUGAUGCAACAUAUGAAACAAAGGAAUCUAAAAAGGAAGAUCUGGUAUUUAUAUUCUGGGCCCCAGAAAAUGCCCCUUUAAAAAGCAAGAUGAUCUAUGCAAGUUCUAAAGAUGCCAUUAAAAAGAAAUUUACAGGUAUUAAGCAUGAAUGGCAGGUAAAUGGUUAUGAAGAUAUUAAAGAUCGUUCAACAUUGGGAGAGAAACUAGGAGGCAAUGUGGUAGUUUCACUUGAAGGAAAACCUUUAUAAAAGGACAGGCAUGUGCCAUCUGGAGCUUCCUUUUUUUGCAGCUCAUUCAGUUGGAAUAAUACUAAUUCCUUUUUUGGCCCCAUCUUCCCAGAACCCAAAUACCUAAAGAAGAGAUCAUUAACAGUCUGCAAAUGACCCUCGUUAGACUAUUUUUUAAACCUGGUAGUUUUAUGUAGAAUCCAUGGAAUGCUUUCCAUAUAUUUUAGCCCAAACCGCAGGCAUUUCUUGCAAAUGUGUACAAUGAAUGUGAUAGUUGAUGUGGAUAGUCUAGCCAAGCAAAAAGAAAAAGCUUAAGUUAAUUGAUUGCCUUUAAACUCUUGUCCAAUGAUCAAAUGAGACUCUAUUCAGUUUUACUUUACAGUUGCACUUGCAAUUCCAUGAGGCUCUUGUGCAUUCAUACACCUCACAUGCCUUUAUAAGCCUAUUUUUUGUGACAUGGCAGCACAUAACACUAUGCAUUUUAAGCACUUUUUUGUAAUAUGUUUGAUUUCUUCUUCCAUCUCCCUAGAAUGCCAAUUAAUUUAUGGAAUUGUGUCAUCAGUCUCUUGUACCUUGGUCCUCAUUUCUGUUAAAUGAAGUAAUUGUAAUUAUGCCUUUUUUGUUUUUGUUUUUCAUGAAAUAUAUGCUACUGAACAGGAGUAGGAAUUGUUUACCAUGCAGAUCUUGCAACCUAAAUAUAUUUUGUGAAGCAUCAUUCAUAAUGGCAAUUUCUGUAUAAAGGAACCGUAAAUGAAACUCUGGUUUUGAAAUCAAAUAUCAAGUCACCACACUGCAAUAAAACCUGUAGCUUAUUACAGAA